ACAAGAGAAAGUGAAAGAAAAUCUCUAUCUUUUUGGUAGAAAAGAGAAAAAAUAAAAGUCAAAAGAAAAAAAGUGGAUUAUCUAGUUUGUGUUGUGUGUUCUUGAAUGCAUGUUUUUUCAUCUCUUUUAAAAAAAAUUUCCCAGUUCGAUCCAGAAAUAAUUACACACAGAAACUACACAAUCCCUAUUUUUCUCAUCAAUGUUUUCCCAGUUCGAUCCAAAAAUAAUUACACACAGAAACUACACAAUCCCUAUUUUUCUCAUCAAUGUUCAGAUACUGUCUUAAUUGUUUUUUUUUCAGCUGGACCUGUUUUUUCUUAGAUUAUUUUGAAAAAAAAAAUCAGUAGCAAUAAAUGUUUUUAUCAGUUACGUUUUGGUGCAUUAAAUUAAAAAUAUUUUCUGAACUAUGAAACGAUCUAGCUGUCGUCUCUGCAAGUGAUGUUGACUAUAGGAGAAGGAAAUGUGAUGACUUCAGACAACAGAUUCGCUUCACCGCCACCACCAUCUUCUUCUUCUCCGGCAACAAUCCAAAACCCUAAUUUUAAUUUCAUCCCUUUCAACUCAUUUUCCUCCAUUAUCCCGAAGGAGGAACAUGGGAUGAUGAGUAUGAUGAUGAUGAUGGGAGAUGGAGCAGUAGAGGAAAUGAUGGAAAACGGGUCGGUGGGUGGGUCAUUCGGGUCGGGAAGUGAACAGGCAGAAGAUCCAAAGUCCGGAAACGAGUUUGAUGGUAAUGAACUUCAAGACGAUGAACAACAACCUCCUCCUGCUAAGAAGAAACGUUACCACAGACAUACUAAUCGUCAGAUCCAAGAAAUGGAAGCAUUGUUUAAAGAAAACCCUCACCCAGACGACAAACAAAGACAGAGAUUAAGUCAUGAACUUGGUCUCAAGCCUCGACAGGUCAAGUUUUGGUUCCAAAAUAGGCGUACCCAAAUGAAGGCACAACAAGACAGAGCAGAAAAUGUGAUGUUAAGGGCAGAUAACGAUAAUCUUAAGUCGGAGAAUUCUCAUCUUCAGGCGGAGCUACGGUGCCUCUCCUGCCCUUCUUGCGGCGGCCCCACCGUCCUUGGUGACAUUCCUUUCAACGAACUCCACAUUGAGAACUGUCGCCUCCGUGAAGAGCUUGAUCGUCUAUGCUCCAUUGCUUCAAGAUACACUGGACGUCCGAUGCAAUCCAUGCCAUCAUCUCAGCCGUUGAUGAAUCCUCCUGCUCCGGAGCUUCCACAUCAACAACCUUCAUUGGAGCUAGACAUGAGCGUAUACGCUGGAAACUUUCCAGAACAUCCUUGUUCAGACUUGAUGUUGCUUCCUCCACAAGACACUGCUUGUUUCUUCCCAGACCAAACUAACAACAACAGCAACAACAACAACAUGUUACUUGAGGAUGAAGAAAAGGUUGUCGCCAUGGAAUUCGCUGUCUCUUGCCUCCAAGAACUAACUAAAAUGUGUAACACAGAAGAGCCUCUGUGGAUUGAGAAGAAAUCGGACAAGAUCGGCGGCAAGAUUUUGUGUCUGAACGAGGAAGAGUACAUGAGGUUGUUCCCAUGGCCAAUGGAGAAUCAUAACAACAACAACAACAACAACAACAACAAAGGAGGUUUUCGUAGAGAAGCUUCAAAGGCAAACACAGUUGUUAUUAUGAACAGCAUAACGCUUGUUGACGCGUUUCUUAAUGCUGAUAAGUGGUCGGAGAUGUUCUGUUCAAUUGUGGCUAGGGCAAAAACGGUUCAGAUAAUUUCAUCUGGAGUUUCUGGAGCUAGUGGUUCUCUUCUACUGAUGUAUGCAGAGUUACAGGUGUUAUCUCCAUUGGUUCCAACUCGUGAAGCUUAUUUUCUACGGUACGUGGAACAAAACGCAGAGACCGGGAACUGGGCAAUCGUUGAUUUCCCGAUCGAUAGCUUCCACGACCAGAUCCAGCCACUGAACACUACCAAUACUCCUAAUGAGUAUAGGAGAAAACCUUCAGGCUGCAUCAUUCAAGACAUGCCAAACGGAUACUCACAAGUCAAGUGGGUCGAGCACGUGGAAGUAGACGAGAGGCACGUGCACGAGACCUUUGCCGAGUAUGUGAAAAGCGGUACGGCGUUUGGAGCUAACCGUUGGCUCGACGUGUUGCAGAGACAAUGCGAGAGGAUGGCUAGUCAAAUGGCUAGAAACAUAACCGACCUUGGAGUGAUUCGGUCUGCAGAAGCGAGGAGGAACAUGAUGAGGUUAUCACAGAGGAUGAUGAGGACAUUUUGUGUGAACAUAAGCACUUCUUACGGACAAUCUUGGACGGCUUUGUCUGAGACAAGCAAGGACACUGUGAGGAUCACGACGAGGAAAACGUGCGAGCCUGGUCAGCCUACUGGAGUUGUUCUUGCUGCUGUCUCAACCACUUGGCUUCCAUUUUCUCACCUUAAAGUCUUCGAUCUUCUCCGUGAUCAACAUCACCACUCUCUGUUGGAGGUUUUGUUCAAUGGGAAUUCACCUCAUGAAAUUGCUCAUAUCGCUAAUGGUUCACAUCCUGGAAACUGCAUCUCUCUUCUUCGAAUCAACGUAGCGAGCAAUUCAUGGCAUAACGUGGAGCUGAUGCUUCAAGAGAGCUGCAUCGAUAACUCCGGCAGCUUAAUCGUCUACUCCUCCGUCGACGUCGACUCAAUCCAGCACGCGAUGAACGGCGAGGAUCCUUCCGGUAUUCCUCUUUUGCCCCUCGGGUUCUCCGUCGUCCCCGUGGAUCCACCGGAUCAUGUCGAGGGUAAUUCCGUCAAUUCGCUUUCUCCGCCGUCGUGCCUUCUCACCGUCGGGAUUCAGGUCUUGGCGAGCAACGUCCCCACCGCGAAACCUAAUCUCUCCACCGUCACAACCAUCAACAACCACCUUUGCUCCAUCGUCAAUCAGAUCACUUCCGUCCUCAGCAGCACCAUUUCUCCGGCGAUCGCAUCGGCCUCCGCCCUUUCCAAGCAAGAGUGACCGAAUUACCCCUAAACCUCCUUUGCCUUGUGAACUUCAGAGUAGUCCCGAGUCAGGGGUACGAUGGUAACUUAGGUGUUAUAAGAGGGAGGUUCUGAGGUAAUUCGGUUAUGGAGUCGAGGGUAUUUUAGUAAAUAAUGUAGCAUCUAAAUGGAUAAGCCUUUUAGGUAAUUUUCGGUUUAUGGUAAGGGUAAAACGGGAGUUUUAAGUUAAUGUUUUUGGCUUCUUUUUUGGGAGGGUCAAAAUGGGUAUUUAAGACAAGAAAACAGAGGAAGUCAAGAACGCACCAGGUAGGUUAUGUUGACCCUUUUUUUUUCUGAUCCGGAUUAUCGGUUUAACCGGUUUUUCGGAUAAACAGAAAAGCGUAGCUGGUUCGGGUAUUGACUUUCUACUUGGUUGAAAUCCUUUUUGAGAUACUUUGGCUUAUUUGCAAUGAAAAUGCUACCAACUUUCUGGCUUUUCAUAUUUAAUGCUUUGUU